GUAUUGAGGCUAAUCCAGUCCGCGGUGUUAAACCAGACGCAGUCCGUGUUUUUAAGCAGAUUCAGUCCGGGUUUUGCGGCGGAUCCGCUCAGGCUGUACAGGACGUGACGGAGGGAAAAUUCCCAUAAUGUUCAGUGAUUGAGUAAAGAUCAGCAGAAGAGGAACACAAAGAGAAAAACACUCUCACACACGCACAAACCCCGUAUCUCCCUCACCCAGCACCGCACUCACACCGGGACCCCCCGGAGCCGCGCUGCGGGCUGCCGGCCGGGCCCUCGCCCCUCGCUGGAGCUGUAGAGCCGGGCUGAGAGCAGGAGCGCACGGGGGCUGGAGCUGCUGGAUGUGGAAGUGUCGGACCCGCGGCGGCGGCGACCUGCCCCGAUCCCCCCGCUUACUGCCCAGGCUGGCGGAUGUUAAGGUCAUGGCGAUGGAUCUCUCUCAGAUGACCCCGCUGUCCUCCACUCAAAUGCUCAGGGCAUGGUGACUGCUGUCCAGUGGCUGGAGGAGCAGCGGCGUCUAGCCUGAGGAGGAGAGUCGGGAGGAAGCGCGAGAGCAGGAGAGGAAAAGAGAGAGAGGGGCACGAGUGCACCAUGGGCCAGUGCGUGACUAAAUGUAAAAACCCCACAUCCUCUCUGGGCAGCAAAAGUGGUGAAAAGGAUGCUGGGAAGUCACAUGGUAAAAAGGGAGGCGGAGGAGGAGGCGGGACCGGCAGCCAUAAAGACGAGUCCAAAUUCCCCGCUGAUGUCAACGGCACAAAGUCACCGGAGGUUACUGUGGAAACCUCUGUAGCUCCGCCCCAAUCACCAGGGAGCGUGCGCAGGGCGGAGCCUGAGCAGGAAGGGGAGGGGCUGUCUCUGGCUCGGAUAGAGGAGAUGUUCAUGAGGUAUAAAGACGAGCACGAGGACGCUAUUCUGGAAGAGGGAAUGGAGCGGUUCUGUAAUGAUCUGCACGUCGACCCGGCGGAGUUUAAAGUCCUGGUUCUGGCGUGGAAGUUUCAGGCUGCUACCAUGUGCAAGUUUACAAGGAGGGAGUUUGUGGAGGGCUGCCGGGCGAUCCAGGCCGACAGUCUGCAGGGGAUCUGUCUGCGGUUCCCGGUGCUGCUGGAGGAGUCCCGCGGCGAGGAGAGCUUUAAGGACCUGUACCGCUUCACCUUCCAGUUCGGGCUGGACGCGGACGAGGGCCAGCGCUCGCUGCAGCACUCCAUCGCCAUUGCGCUGUGGAGGCUGGUCUUCACGCUGGACACGCCCCCCGUCCUGGAGCGCUGGCUCCACUUCCUGUCGGAUAACCCGUACGGCGUGCGCGGGAUCUCACGCGACACCUGGAACAUGUUUCUGAACUUCACGCAGAGCAUCGGGCCCGACCUCGGCAACUACAGCGAGGACGAGGCGUGGCCCAGCCUCUUCGACUCCUUCGUGGAGUGGGAGACGGAGAGGAGGCGCCGGGAGAGGGAGGAGCAGGAGGAGAGGAGGAGAAACCAGGAGGAGGAGGAGCUGCAUCAGCGGCGGGACACCGAGACAGACGCCAUCACAGACUGCAGCCUCGACGGGGCGGCGUGACGGGAGACGGGCGGAGGACGGGGGCGUGACUGAUGCUCUGAGGGUGGAUGCUAGUAUUACCCAAGACCCUUACUUUCCGUUCUGGUCUGGUGGUGAUGAUGAUGAUGAUGAUGAUGAUGAUUUCUAUUUUCAGGCUCUUCUUAUUGGGAUGGGCUUCCCCGUUUCCCCUGAACUGUUUAUUUUAUUGCUGAAAGGGCUCCAAAAAACUCAAAUUGUGUUUUUAAGCACUUCUAUUUAAGUUAUUGUUUUAUUUUGUAAUUUUCAUUUUGGUAUUUUUAAGAGGUCUGCCCCUCUAUCACACCCCCACAGUGGGUUUCCUCCUGGAUCAGACACCAAUCGCACCUCCUUACCCCCUCUAAACAGCGACGAUGCAACUCCUUCACCUCCACCCUCGUUAUAUAACCCCACCCCCCCACCCGCCGCAGCAGCAGAGCGCUGUAGCCGACCUGCGUCAGGCUGACGGAGGGAGCGAGAGAACGAGAGAUCAGGGCUUUCUGCUUUUAAACGGUUAACUGUAGCAGCUGGUUUUAGAGUCGCUGGUUAUUACUGGUUAUUAUGACAUAAAACACACACACACACACACACCCCUCAGCUCCCGGUGAUGCCGGUUAUUCUGCGGUCAGGUUUGUCUGCUGUGAUUUAUUUUUGCGGUUUACAGUUUUUCAUUCUCCGUGGUUUCAUUUCAGAUUCCUUUUGUCUGGUUUUAUAUAAAAUGCUACAAUUUAUAACGAAUAAAAUGUGUGAGAUUGGGCAGUGACCACGCAAACCA